CCUCCUUAGACCAACAACUUCAGCUGGACAAAUAGAAACGUCUCCUUCCUUUUUUGCUUUUAUUUUUAUUUUCUUUAUUUUUUUUUAAUGGUACAAUGUCAUCUCUGCCAGGAACGGUACCGCGGAUGAUGCGCCCGGCUCCAGGACAGAACUACCCGCGUACUGGAUUCCCUCUGGAAGUGUCCACCCCUCUGGGUCAGGGGAGGGUGAACCAGCUCGGAGGGGUCUUCAUUAACGGCCGGCCGCUGCCCAACCACAUCCGGCACAAAAUAGUGGAGAUGGCCCACCACGGGAUCCGUCCGUGCGUCAUCUCCAGACAACUGAGGGUCUCUCACGGCUGCGUGUCCAAAAUCCUGUGCCGAUACCAGGAGACCGGCUCCAUCCGGCCGGGAGCGAUCGGAGGCAGCAAACCCAGGCAGGUAGCCACGCCGGACGUGGAGAAGAGGAUAGAGGAGUACAAGCGGGACAACCCCGGCAUGUUCAGCUGGGAGAUCCGGGACAAGCUGCUGAAGGACGGCGUGUGUGACAGAAGCACAGUCCCUUCAGGUGAGGCCUCCUCUGUGAGCUCCAUCAGCCGCGUGCUUCGAGCUCGUUUUGGGAAAAAAGAUGACGAGGAUGAGUGUGACAAAAAGGAUGAAGACGGAGAAAAGAAGACCAAACACAGCAUCGACGGCAUCCUGGGCGACAAAGGCAGCCGGAUGGACGAAGUAUCAGACGUGGAGUCAGAGCCGGACCUCCCCUUAAAGAGGAAGCAGCGUAGGAGUCGGACCACGUUCACGGCGGAGCAGCUGGAGGAGCUGGAGAAGGCGUUUGAGAGAACCCACUACCCCGACAUCUACACCCGAGAGGAGCUCGCCCAGAGGACCAAACUCACCGAGGCCAGGGUCCAGGUGUGGUUCAGCAAUCGGAGAGCACGGUGGCGAAAACAAGCAGGGGCCAAUCAGCUAGCAGCAUUCAACCACCUGUUGCCGGGUGGGUUUCCUCCUACGGGGAUGCCGACUCUUCCUACGUACCAGCUGCCAGAGUCGAGCUACACGACCAACACUCUGCAGCAAGACGGCGGUGCCACAGUUCACCGUCCUCAGCCGUUACCUCCGUCCACCAUGCACCAGAGCAGUCUGUCCAGCACCGACAGCAGCUCCGCCUACGGCCUGUCAUCCAACCGCCACGGCUUCUCCAGCUACUCCGACACCUUCAUGAGCUCCACGGCACCCAGCAACCACGUCAACCCCGUCAGCAACGGGCUCUCUCCACAGGUGAUGAGCAUCCUGAGUAACCCCAGCGGCGUCUCCUCGCAGCCACAACAUGACUUCUCCAUCUCGCCGCUCCACAGCGCCCUGGACUCCUCUCCAUCCAGCUCCAUCUCAGCCAGCUGCAGCCAGCGCUCAGCUGAGGCCUCCAUCAAGACGGUGGACAGCCUCCCGUCGUCCCAGUCCUACUGCCCCCCCACAUACAGCACCACCAGCUACAGCAUGGACCCCGCCGUGGCUGCAGCAGGAUACCAGUACAGUCAGUACGGCCAGACUGCAGUUGACUACCUGGCCAAGAACGUCAGCCUGUCCAGCCAGCGCCGGAUGAAGCUGGCCGACCACUCGGCUGUACUGGGACUGCUGCAGGUCGAGACGGGCCAAGCCUACUAGUACUCACCUAACAUAUCAGAACAACACGACACCUGGUCACCAGCACAACCCACACCUCCUGCUACCAUCCGUACAAGUCUCCCAGAGAGUGUGAGAGAGUGUGAGUGAGUGCCAUAGUCAUACUGUGUUUUAUACCGCUGUUCCUCCUGGGUUAGAGGACAGAACCAUGCAGCUGUUCAAGCUUUAAACAUUCCCCAUGGGACCAACCAAAUCCACAACCACCAAUCCCUCUUCAUAUGUUCAUUCUCACACUGGGCGUCUGUUGGAUGAAAUAACUACAUUCAUGAAUAGACCGGAAUAGAUCGACAAUUUAUACCUGGCCACUUAAUUAUAGCGUGCACAGCCUGGAAUAGAAGUGAUAGCGCCAUUUUAAUGCAGGUUAUGGGACAGUCAAAAAUGUUUACGUAUGUGGAUACAAAAUUCUCUUUGUCAUUUUGCAAAAAAUUCCCAAAUAGUAUUUUAUUCUAAUUUGCAAAAAGUUUUCAGGUAGAUAAGGAGGAAGAAGGUCUGCUGAGUCGGUGGUUCAGGGUGAAUAACGGCUCAAAGAAACUUUCCUAUUAAGCACUAAAGUUUGACUUCAGUCCUGAGCAGAGCCAGAGAGAAUACGUAAUAUUUUAAACUGAUAUAAAAUAUCAAAUCUGACUUUAGGCUGGCUGCACACGAGACAAUAUAAAGCUCUGUUUUCGGACUGAUUUGGGUCCCAAGCUGAAGCUUCACAACUGAUUAUUUGCCUAAAUAAUUCCCCUAAUAGUCAACAAGAGUGAGCCAUGCAGGAAGCAUCACCAACUGGGUGUCAGUUUUUCCUCUAAAGGACAGGUGUCAAACUCAAGGCCCAGGGGCCAAAUCUGGCCCAUGGAACGAUUAUAUCCGGCCCACG